GAAACCCCUGAGCUCUUUGGCCUUCUCUCCCGAUGGGAAGCUCCUGGUCACCGGCGAGAGCGGGCACCACCCGGCCGUGCGCGUGUGGGACGUGGAGCAACGGAGCCAGCUCUCAGCCCUCCACGGCCACAAGCACAGCGUGGCUUGUGUCACCUUCUCGCCCAGCUCCAAGCUCCUGGUGUCCAUAGGCUCCCCCCAGGACAUGGUGGUCAACGUAUGGGACUGGAAGAAAGGUUCUCUGGUGGCCUCCAAUAAGGUGUCCUGCAAAGUGGUGGCCGUGGCCUUCUCCGAGGACAACUACUUUGUCACCGUGGGGCAGCGCCACGUCAAGUUCUGGUUCCUGGAGCCCUCGAGGGAGCUGAAGGGCAACACGACGGUGCCGCUGGUGGGACGCUCGGGGGUCCUGGGGGACCUCCAUGACAACACCUUCUGCGGCGUCGCCUGUGGCCACGGCCCCACCUUGGGCAGCACCUUCUGCAUCUCCUCCUCGGGGCUGCUCUGCAGCUUCAGCAGCAGGAGGGUGCUGCAGACCCAGCUCCACCUGCAGGUGUCAAUGGGGACCUGCCUGUGCCUGGCUGAGGAGCUGCUGUUCUGCGGUGGCAGCAACGGCACCGUGAGGGUUCUCCGGGCUCGGGACAUGGGGUAUCUGCAGGACCUUCCCAAGCCUCAUCCCUUGGGAGUGGAUGUCAGUCAGGACACCCCGCCACCAGACCUGACCUACCCCGACACCAUCGCCAUGGCCUACGACAGCCACAACCACUGCUUGGCCUGUGUCUACAGAGACCACAGCAUCUACGUGUGGGAUGUGAGGGACCUGCAACACGUCACCAAGCUCUGGUCGGAGCUUUUCCAUAGCUCCUUCGUCUGGAGCAUCGAGAUGUAUCCUGAAUGUGAGGAGCAAAGACCCCACCUGGCUCCCGGUUCCUUCCUGACGUGCUCCUCAGACAACACCAUCCGUGUCUGGAGCUUGGGAAGCGGCUCCGCGCAGCCCGGAGAGGGCGAUGCCUCCAGCUCGACCCUGCUGAGCAUCAUCUAUGUGGACAGCACCAUCCAGCACCUCCAGGACUGCUCCGGCAUUCCCGAUUGGAGCGAGAAGGGGCCUCACCUCGAUGCCAGGUCCGGGGUGAGGGUGAUGCAGGUCAGUCCCGAUGGACAGCACCUGGCCUCAGGAGAUAGAACAGGGACCCUCAGGAUCCAUGAGCUGCGGUCCAGGCAGGAGGUGGCCAAGGUGGAAGCUCAUGAUUCCGAAGUGCUUUGCUUGGACUACUCAAAGCCAGAGACGGGAGCAGCUCUGUUGGCUUCCGGAAGCAGGGACCGCCUGAUCCAUGUCUUGAACGUGGCCAAGGGCUACAAGCUGGAGCAGACCCUGGAUGACCACUCCUCGGCCAUAACCUCCAUCAAGUUUGCUGGCCACGGGGACAUCCAACUCAUCAGCUGCGGAGCCGAUAAGAGCAUCUACUUCCGCCAGGCUCAAAAGCUCCCAGAUGGCUUCAGCUUCACCAGGACGCACCACGUGGCUGAGAAGACCACCUUGUACGACAUGGACAUGGACAUGAUGCAGAAGGACGUGGCUGUUGCAUGUCAGGACAGGAACGUCAGGGUCUACAGCACGGCCAGUGGGAAGCUGAAGCGCUGCUACAAGGGCUCCCAGGGGGAGGAUGGCUCCUUGUUGAAGGUCCACCUGGAUCCUUCAGGAACCUUCUUGGCCACCAGCUCCUCUGACAAGAGCAUCUCCCUCAUUGACUUCCAGUCUGGCGAGUGUGUGGCCAAGCUCUUGGGCCAUUCAGAGAUCGUCACAGGGAUGCGGUUCUCCUACGACUGUCGGCACCUCAUCACGGUCUCUGGAGACAGCUGCAUCUUCAUCUGGCGCCUGGGCCCGGGUGUCACCAGCUCCAUGAAGCAGCACUUGUGGGACCUCCACCACCUGAAGGACUCUGGUCCCAUGGAGCUCCUCAGGCAGGAGACCCACAUCCUGGUCCCGGAUGGGACCCAAGCCCCCGGAGCUGCUGGAUCUAUGGAUGAGGAGCAGGAUGAAGGCUCAACCCUGAAGACCCCAUCCAAGGAGGACUCGGAGCCACGUGUGUUGGGCUCCAGGAGCUCUAUGGGGCUGCCCCACGUCGAAAGCUCUUCUAGUGACCUCACUGAGAACUUCCAGCUCUCCGAGCUCUUCCUGGAUGAGGAGACCCCCAAGGAACUGGGAUCACUGGAUACAACUGGGACCAGGACACACACGGAGCUUGGGAUCAACCAGGAGGAUGCUUCAUCCCAUCUCCUCACCUUGGGAAUGCUGGUGCCCGAAGGUGAGGACCUGGAAUGUCCUGAUGGAGACACGGAGGAGCCAGAGGAGCACCCCCAGACCCCAGAGCAGGAGAAGUUCCUCAAGGAACACUUUGAGACACUGGCAAACGCUGAAGGAUCCCAGCUCCACGUGGAAGCUUUCACCACAGCCCUCGCGCUGCUCCGCACCCAAUGCCAGGAGCUGCUGCUCCUCUACGACAAGGUGACCCUCUCGGAAGCCUCCGAGGAGGACGUGCUCCACGCAAGGACCGCGCUGGCUGAUCUCUACGGCUGGAUGAGGACGGAGCUGCGAUCCCGGGAUGUGAUCCAGGAUAACAGCCUCCGGGACCCCCAGGUCCUGCUCCUGCUCCGCUCCUACUCCGAUUCCCUCCUGGAGAUGCUCCGGAAGAAGCUGGAGAGCAGCGAGCCCAAAAUGCCUUAA